GUCUGGCUUCUUCGGGUCUCUAAUCCCCAUUUUACAGACGGGAAAACCGUGGUGCGGCUCGGGGGCCGGCGGCCAGGUCGCUCGCGCCUGGUCCCCCGGUCUAAGGGACAGAGGUGCAACGUGGAGCCCGGCAGGUCCCUCCGAGGCGCUCGGUUUCUGCAAACACGUGAAUGAACUGGAUGCCGGCCGCUGCUCCUUCGUGCCCGGAGUGAGAAGGAGGCGCUGCCUGUUGGCAUGCCCCACCAGCCCUCAGUCUGAGCCGAGUGGCCCCCACCCUCCGCCACCCUGCACUGCCCCGGCUCCCCCGCGGCCCCCACACUGCAGUGCGGCCGGGCCCCGUCCCCGAAGGGGCCGCCCCUGCCACCCACCCCUGGCGCCCGGGGUGGCCCAGCCCGCAGGGCCAUGAAGCUGCAGGCUGUGAUGGAGACGCUCCUGCAGCGGCAGCAGCGGGCACGCCAGGAGCUGGAGGCCCGGCAGCCCCCCGCCGGCCCCCCGGCCCUCUCCAAGGCUGCCUCGGACGAGGACAGAGACCCCGAGAACACCCGGAUGCAGCAGGCGCAGAUGGCCGCCCUGGCCGCCAUGCGGGCUGCUGCCGCCGGCCUCGGACCCGCACCGAGCCCCAGUGGCUCCGAGGACAGGCCCCCCAGCUCCGAGGACGAGGACGCCGCCCAGGAGGGGCCGCCCGGCUCCCCCGGUCGAGGCAGGGAGGCGCCAGGCCAUGCCGGAGGCGACAGGCACUUCGAGGACAUGGGCUCUGACGAUGACCUGAAGCAAAAAUGGGAAGAGGAGGAAGACGAGGAAGAGCUGGAGGAAGACUUGGGGGAUGAGGACGAGGAGGACGAGGAGGAAGACUAUGAGGAUGAGGAGGGGCUCGGGCCCCCGGGCUCGGCUGGCAUGGGCCCCACAGCCCUGUUUGCCCACAAGACCCAGCUGCCCCAGGCCUUCCGCGGUGGCGACGGCGGGCCCCCGGUGAUGGGCAGCCAGGAGCGCCCAGGGGCCGGGCCAGCCCACCCCGGAGGGCCCGCCCACGUGGUACCCCAGCUGCAGCCUCCUGACCACGGGGACUGGACGUACGAGGAGCAGUUCAAGCAGCUCUACGAACUGGACGGGGACCCCAAGAGGAAGGAGUUCCUGGACGACUUGUUCAGCUUCAUGCAGAAGCGAGGGACGCCUGUGAAUCGGAUCCCCAUCAUGGCCAAGCAGGUGCUCGACCUGUUCAUGCUGUACGUGCUGGUGACGGAGAAGGGCGGCCUGGUGGAGGUCAUCAACAAGAAGCUGUGGCGCGAGAUCACCAAGGGCCUCAACCUGCCCACGUCCAUCACCAGCGCCGCCUUCACCCUGCGGACCCAGUACAUGAAGUACCUGUACCCCUACGAGUGUGAGAAACGGGGCCUCAGCAACCCCAACGAGCUCCAGGCGGCCAUCGACAGCAACCGGCGGGAGGGCCGGCGCCAGAGCUUCGGGGGCUCCCUCUUCGCCUACUCACCAGGGGGUGCCCACAGCAUGCUCUCCUCACCCAAGCUGCCCGUGUCCUCCCUGGGCCUGGCCACCAGCACCAACGGCAGCUCCAUCACCCCGGCCCCCAAGAUCAAGAAAGAGGAGGACUCGGCCAUCCCCAUCACCGUCCCCGGCCGCCUGCCAGUCUCCCUGGCAGGCCACCCCGUGGUGGCAGCCCAGGCAGUGGCAGUGCAAGCAGCGGCAGCCCAGGCGGCUGUGGCCGCGCAGGCGGCCGCCCUGGAGCAGCUCCGGGAGAAGCUGGAGUCGGGGGAGCCUCCGGAGAAGAAGAUGGCCCUGGUGGCGGAUGAGCAGCAGCGGCUCAUGCAGCGAGCGCUCCAGCAGAACUUCCUGGCCAUGACAGCCCAGCUGCCCAUGAGCAUUCGCAUCAACAGCCAAGCCUCGGAGAGCCGCCCAGACUCGGCUGCAAGCUUGACCAGCACCAAUGGCAGCAAUAGUAUUAGCAUGUCAGUGGAGAUUAACGGAAUUAUGUAUACAGGAGUGCUGUUUGCUCAGCCGCCAGCCCCCACACCGGCCUCCGCUCCCAGCAAAGGCGGUGGUGGCAGCAGCCGGGGAGGAAACGGCGGGACCAGCAGCAGCAGCGUGGGCAGCCAGGCCGGGCCAGCGGGGUUAUCCGCACCCCCGACGUCUUCUACCUCAAAUAACUCAUUGCCUUAACUGCACCACCCCCCACCCACCGCCCCCCCACCCCAGGAGCUGGUCAGACUGGGCAGGGUGCGGGAAAGGUGGGCCGCGCAGGGCCGGGGUGGUGGAAGAUACGGGUGGGGAGGGGAAAUAAUCCACAAAGGAGCCACAGCUAACACCAAAAAUAGAAGAAAAAAAUAUAUACAUAUAUAUAAAGAAAAUUUAAUAAAACAGGGGAAAACCAAGGAACACUUGAAUUACUCAGGUUUCAGACAUUCAGAGAGAGAAACUGCAAGAACAGCUAAGGAGAUCAGGAAAGAGAGCGGCAGAGACUCCCCAGGGCUCCCUGCAGCCUGGCGGGCCGAUUUGGACUGGUGUCUGGUGUCUGGUUUGGACCAGUUGCAAUGUAAGGCCAGAUCCUGUUUACCUCAUACAUCCCUGCACUGUGUGUGUUCAUUUUUGUCUGUUUUUUUUUUUUUUUUUACUUUUGUUCCUGUUCAUCACACACUCAUCCACUCAUCAUACCCGGCUCCUUGUUUUGAAUGAAACCCCUGAGCCAAGAUCAGUUGAAUUUUUUUUCUUGUUGCUUUUGGGAACUUAUUAUUAUUAUUAUUAUUUUUUAAAGAAAUAGCGAUAUUCAAGCUCUAUAGGGUUUUAAGAGGUUUGGGGGGUUUUUGUUCUGUAAAUGUUCUAUUUUAUUCUUGGGGGAGGAAUCAAACCUUAGGAAAAGGAUAUAUAUCUCUAUAUAUUUGUGUUCAUUCAGGGAAACGGGACUU